CAGAGAGUAUUCAUUCAUCACAAUGAGAGCGACAAAAUUAAUUUUAUUUUUUUCGUUAUUCUGUGCUACUCAAAUUCAUGGUUUCCCUUAUGACAAAUCUCAUUUCAAAGAAGUAACAAUAGCAGAUGGCAUUAUUCGUGGGAAAUUAUUAACUACACACAAAAAUAACGAUUUUUAUGCUUUUGAAGAUAUUCCUUACGCUCAACCACCAAUUGGAACAUUAAGAUUAAAGGAAGCUUUGCCACCAUUAAAAUGGGAAGGAGUAUUAAAUACCUUAGAAGACUCAAAAAUAUGUCAUCAAUUUAAUCUGAAUUAUUCUGCUCCUAAAGAAAAUGAAGAUUGUCUCCAUUUGAAUGUUUAUUAUCCAGCGGAUCAAAAUGAUGGUGAAUUACUUUCCGUUUUGGUCUGGAUACAUGGAGGAGGAUUUGUAGGUUGGUCGGGAGCUAUUGAUUCAUUUGGACCCCAUUAUUUUAUUGAUAAAAAAAUAGUAGUUGUUACCGUCAACUAUAGACUUGGGCCUCUAGGGUUCUUAAGUACGGACGAUGGUGUAGUACCUGCCAAUCUUGGACUUAAAGAUCAGAAUCUAGCACUGAAAUGGGUACAGCAAAAUAUAGCGAGUUUUGGGGGUGACCCAUCGAAAGUUACUAUAAGUGGACAAAGUGCGGGAGCAGCUUCAGUUGGAUAUCAUGUAUUAAAUAAAAAAUCACAAGGUUUGUUUAGAGCAGCCAUUAUGCAAAGUGGCUCUCCUUUGACAUGCUGGGCUUUACAUAAAAAUGCCAGACAUGUGGCUCAGGCUUUAGGCAAUGCUUUAUCACCUACUAAUCAGAAAAAUUUGACAUCGCAGGAAAUUUUACAUUUAGUUAAAACAGCAGAUAUAGAGCAAUUAAAACAAGAAACUUUUAAACUUCAGGUUAAGAAGUAUUUAGAACCCAACUUCGGCAACUGUCAUCCAAUGACUUCGAUUCUUAUGAGUGUUGUAAAAGAGGAAGAACAUUAUGAAAAUCCUUUUGUAACGGGCAUGAACCACGAGAAACUGAAAAACGGAGAUAUAACUCAAGUACCCAUUUUGAUCGGUAUUAAUUCACUAGAAUCGUUAUUUUUUAAUAUACCUGGUCUACUUCUUCAAACUAGUUUAAUAGAUGUCAACGUAAGUCUCAGCAUUACUGCAAACAUUAACAUGAGAGAUGAAAAUAAAAGCGAAGCUGGAAAUGAACUGAAAAAUUUGUAUACUAACUCUUCAUUUGUUUCAAGUCAAUCAGGUUCCAUCAAUUACAUGAGUGACUGUUUAUUUACCACACCAAUCGCAAGGCAUGCUUUUUUGCAAUCUCGAUACACAGACGUUUAUUUCUACCAAUUCUCCUAUUACGGAAUCUUGGGCAGAUAUGAAUUUAACGAUAUUAAAGGUGCCUCUGGUGUUGGACAUCAAGAAGAAUUGGGAUAUUUUUGGCAUAAUGCAACUGCUGAUAACCUAAACCGAUUUCCCAAAGAAGAUAUUUUGACCCAUGAGCGGGUUAUGGACUUGUGGUCACAAUUUAUUAAACAUUUGAAUCCUACUGUCAAUAACUCUGAAAUCUUAGGAGAUUUGAAAUGGCCUAAAGUUACCGAAGAAGACUUCUUAUACUUAGAUAUUAAUUCAGAAUUAUCAGUAAAGAGGGGACCAAAGAAGUAUACGGAUUGGAAUAAUAUUUAUUCAAAAUAUACAAACGAAAAGUUGGAUACGUAUUAAAAGUACUAUGUACCUAUUAAAUUAAUAAAAACACUACGAC